UCUCAAUGCAACUAUAAACAUUAUUAGAUCACUAUUAUGAAAAUAUCAUAAAAAUAAACCAUUAUGUUAUCUUUUGGUGGAAAAAUAUGUUAGUGUCAUGAAAUAACUAUGUGUUCAUAUAUCUUAAAACAUUAGUUUUACAAAAAUUUAGAAUGCAAUUAUAAAUAUGUAUAUAUGAAGAUAUCUAUGACAAUUUAAAAACAUGGCUACCAUGUGAAUAAUAAAUUAGUCGUAUUACACUUUAUAAACAAGACUUUGUUUAGUUUUUACGAUAAUUUUGUUUUGUGGUACCAGAGAAACUCGUUAGUCAUAAAAAGCACGUAGCUUCGAUGAAACUUAUAAAGUGUUGGCGCGGAUUUCCCAAGUGAAAUAUUAGUGUUUUUAAUAGUUAUGGCUACAUUUUUAUUAUCUAUUAAAUGACCUAACGGAUUCCUGAAGAAUAUAAAUUCAUCUGUGCUUUAAUAUUUUGCAUGAUUUUAUGGCAAUAAACUACCUGAAUGAGUGUUAAAUAAUGAUACAUAUUUAAAAUUAAGCAUAUCAACAAGUAUAUAGCUAUACACGCACGAUUUAAGAAUAUCAUUAUUAAAGUCUGUUAAUGCACUGAAAAGAAUUAUACUUUGUAUAAUUUAAAUGAUUCUUGUAAUAGUCCAUCCUUGAAUAAAACAAUUCUUUAGAAAGAUUAUAAUGUUAAAACAUUGAAUGAAACAACUUGUAUAAUAAAGAUUUUAUGUAUAAUAUUGUGCUACAUUAUUUAUAAACUGACAUCAAUGGAUUCCAUUGAUUUUGAUACAAUUAUACGACAUCCAAGAACUAUAAUUCAUAUAGAUGUUGAUUGCUUUUAUGCCCAAGUGGAGAUGCUGAGGCAUCCAGAAUUAGAAGGCAAACCAUUGGGAGUAAAACAAAAAAAUAUAGUGGUAACAAGCAACUAUUUGGCAAGAGAAUAUGGAAUUAAAAAAUGCAUGCCCGUUCAGGAAGCUUUACAAUUAUGUCCAGGUCUGGCUCUGGUAAAUGGAGAAGAUCUAACAAACUAUCGUCACUUUUCUGCCAAAAUAUUAGAUAUAUUACAUCAGUUUACUCCUUUAGUAGAACGAUUAGGCUUUGAUGAUAAUUUUAUGGAUGUUACAUCUCUUGUGCAGAAAUGUAUGAAUUCUGGAAAUGAUUCUGAAUCGAAUAUAAACAUUUCUAUGGAGGAUCAGAAUCCAGUUGGCGAAGUAUUUGGCACAUCAGAAGAAGAAUGUCCAUGUGGUUGCCAUACUCGUUUGAUUAUUGCUUCCAAGAUAGCAGCAGAAAUAAGAAAACGGAUUUACAAGGAAUUGCACGUCACAUGUAGUGCUGGAGUAGCACACAAUAAGCUUCUUGCGAAAUUAGUUGGAUCAUUACAUAAGCCAAAUCAACAAACGCUAAUCUUUCCAUGCAGUGGACCAAUGAUGUUAUCUACAAUGGGAUCUGUAUCGAAAAUACCAGGUGUUGGUCAGAAGACUACACAGCUACUAAUGUCAAACAACAUUAAAACAGUGGAAGAUUUGCGUAAAACAUCUCUGGAAUCUUUAGAGAUCAAAAUUGGGAUUGACUUAGCUAGAAAAUUGAAAGAUAACGCUGAAGGUAUUGAUGAAACUAUUGUAAAGCCAACUGGGAAGAAGCAAUCUAUAGGCUUAGAGGAUGGUUUUAAAAGCGUUUCUUUGGUAGCUGAAGUAGAAUCAAGGUUUGGAGCACUUUUAAGAAGAUUGACAGAGUUAGCCAUGGAGGAUGGAAGAAUUCCCAUUGCUAUGAGAAUAACAGUAAGGAAGCAUGAUUUCAAUAAACCAGCUUCAGGUAAACGAGAAACUCGACAAUGUGCUCUACCAAAACAUUUGUUGCCUUCCACAAAAUCUGGUGUCUAUGAUCAUGCUAAAAUGCUGACACUAGCAAUGAAACUUUUUCACCGUACUGUUGAUGUCUCUAAACCAUUCCAUUUAACUCUUUUGGGAGUUGCUUUUACAAAGUUCGAAGAAAGAUCUUCUGGAAAAAAUAGUAUUACGUCUUUCUUACGAAAACAAGUUGCUGUCCAAUCUGUUUUGGACAUUAGUUCUGAAGAAGGUAUUUCUGAUGUCAGUCUUGGAUCGCCAAUGAGUGUAAACCAAGACAGCAAUGAUGGUUCUGCAAUGAGUACCACCUCAUCUCCUAUUUCUAAGACAGUAGGAGCUGCCAGUCAGUGUGCAGAUGAUGAUCUAUUAAGUGAAAUAGAGCCUCUACCGAAGAAGACUAGAUUAGAAGUAUGGUUGAGUGGACGCAGAGAAUCUCCGAGCAACGAAAUGGCGGAUCUAAGACUCAGUCCUUCGUCACCUAUGCAAUUGUCCCCUAAAAUUGAUGCAGCGGUUCUUAAGUCUUUACCUAUUGACAUACAAAGAGAAGUCACACGUUCAUGGCCAACGACUAGUAAACCAAAACCGAAUAAUAUAUUGAAAUAUUUCAUAGCUAAUAAGUGACGGAGUUCUAUGGCCUAGAUUACAAACCAGCCAUCUUUCUGUACACAUUUCUGCAGUUACAAUAUUAGAUGGCAGCACCAUGUGAUAUUAUGACUUUAAGUUACAGACGUCGUAAAUUAAUUUGCAAUCCUUUGGGUAUUAAACAUCUAUAUGCAUAUAUUUUCUACGGCAUUUACAUCAAAUGAAUUUGUUAAUACAUAUAAAUCUCUAUAAGAGUCUAUGAAUAAAUUCGCAUAAAUACAUAUUUUUUAUUUAUUUAUCUUGACUAAUCCGAGCAUUGUUAAUGUUUCAAUUGCUUAGAGUAGACGAAUGUUUGGUUAAACUUGCAUUUAAAAUGUGUAUUAUUUGUGAAAGUAUUUUGGACGUUCUCAAAUGUUUCAUAAACGUAAAAGAAUACAAAGAAAACAUGAAGCUGGUCAACGAAAAGUAUUGUCAAGAAUUGUAUAAAUUUCAAUUUUAUGUUUCGUAAUAUACGAAAAACAUACGUUUAGCACGUGAUCUAAAACGUUCACUUAACUGAGAAUUAUAAAUGCAUAUACAUCGCAAGCGAAAAAUGUUCCGAGUAAAACUGUACUUUCGCGAUCAUUUCCAUUCACAUUAAAAAAUCAUUCUAUAGUAUUUUCAUUUACGUUCGAACGGUAUAGAAGAUUUUAAGGCACACGUGACCAUUGUUGAAAGGAAAACUCUGUCGUUUUUUAAUGGGGUGCUGGCAUUUGAUUUUGUACGUACAUUCUGCGGCUAAACUGUAAUUGUAUUGAUUUAAUGUUUAAACGAAAAAAAAAGAGAAGAAAGAAGUGUUUAUAUUUUUAGUACUGUCGAUGUUAUGCUAUGCGUGUAACGGGUGUUACGGGAAAAUACACUGAAACGAAAAUACUCGUUCGACUCUACCGUGCAACUGAUGUGGAACUCCAUACGAAUUAUAAAGGAUAGUUUCUAUAUAUUAUAUAGUUAUCCAGAAUAUUAGACAAUCACAAAACAUUAUCGGUUCGAUACGGUACAAGGUGAAUAAUUUUAAUAUAUAAUAUAUAUACAUAUAUAUGUAUCCGUUAAGCAUACACAAGAUAAGAAAUGAGCCAACGAUCCACGCGAUUUUGAAAUUAUUCUGUCACACACAUACACACACAUGUACACACACAUUCACGUACGUCGCGCGUUUUCUUUCACACGAUUACUUAAAAAAAAGAAAAAGAAAUAAUAAUAUUAGUGAUAAAAAACAACAAACGUGCAUUAGAGCGUGGCCAACGGCAAGUGAUACUGAAACAGUAGCUUUUGUAAACAAUAAAAAAAAAAUACUUAUAUGAGGGUACGGAAGAUUUAUACGUUAAAUGUUAGUUAAUGACCGAUGCGGAUCGAAUGAGCGAAGAUAAGAGAUUAAUUAUGAGCGCGUUUUCUUUUUUUUUGUUUCCUUCGCCCUUUCUUUCUAUGUUUAUUUAUUUACUGUACUGCAUAGGAGGAGCGGUAACUAUCCUGACUAUUAACUUCUGGUUGUGAGAACAUGAAUAUUUUAUACGUACACACGGCAUCGGGGAGUAUGAGCAGUUGCGAAACUCGUAAGCUUGUCAUCGUCCAAGUUUCUGAUUAAUUAGAAUAACACGCAGUAGUUCGCAUUUCUUCAGAUAAUUGUGUUGAUAUUUCGCGCGUGAACCAACAGAGGGAAAGAACAUGCAACGAAAUUGACUUUGACUUUGUACAAGUAACGCGCCAUCGCCGGUUCAUAUUGCCUCUGAUUCAUUUAAAUAAAGAAAG